AUGACAUCACCUGGGCAGCCGGCCCAACAGCCCAACAUGAAUCGUCUCUCUGUGUCGAGCCUCAUGUCUCCUCCGGAGACAAAGCCCAUCGAGAGUUUCCCUACACUCUCGCCCUUUGCAAAGCCUCAUGCCGCAUCGGGCGAUAUGAAGCUCCCUCCAAUCGCAACUGAUCGAAAGCGCACACAGUCGGAGAUGAAUCUCCCAUCACCACCUGUGACCCCGUAUACCGGGAGCAAGAAACGGGACUCGCCAUCCGAUCAUAUAGAAACGGGAUCAUCCAGAGAUCCCGUUCUCUUCCCCUCGCAGGAAUUGAGUACUGACGCCAAUGAGGAGCCGUUGUUUGGCCCCGGUCCUCCAUCGACGGACGCCAUGGUGGCCCGGCAUAUCGACUCACACAUGGCAUUGUUUCGGAACAAAGUAAAUAAACCCACCCGAGAUGAGUACCUGUUGGCGCUGUCCUGCGUGCCGAUCGUCUCGGCGCAGUACAACCGCAAUCCCGCCGCCUGGGCGCGGGAGGAGCGGGAAACCUUGGAACGCCAGUUGGUGAUGAUGAACCGUCAUCGCCCAGGCCGCGAACCCAAGUUGAAGAGAAUUGCCCCCGCCCCUGCCAAGAAAGCAGGCGCCCAGCCGCGGAUGCAGCAGCGACCCAGAGUCAGACGAACCCCUAAGUCUACCCCCAAGCAGCAGGUGCUCGAUACCUUUGAUUCCCCCCCGGCGACCAAGCCGCGUACCUUGGGUACGAACCGUGAUGAUACCGAUUACCACUCACUGAUGGACUAUUCACCCCCACUGGAGACCCUAGGCAGCAAUGUCAAGGCACUGAAGGCGGAUUGGAAAGGGCAGAUGCUAGACCUAGGUGGCGACGUGGACAAACAUUUGCUGAGUCCGGCCGAGCUCAACCUGGCUUCCACCCUCAGACUUUCCUGUGCCACAUACCUUUGCAGCAAGCGUCGGAUCUUUGAAGCUCGAGUCCGCGCCCUGGGCGUGGGCAAAGAGUUCCGCAAGACCGAUGCCCAACAGGCCUGCAAGAUUGACGUCAACAAGGCGAGCAAACUGUGGACCGCAUAUGAGCGCGUGGGUUGGUUUAAACCCGAAUACUUUCAUCAAUAUCUGAAAUGA